CGUCCCCUCCAUCUACUCAGCAGAAGGGACAGCACUGCAGCCUGCAGCUGUUAGGGAGCACGUCAGGCUGCCGCUUGCUGCUGCCCCUGAACAGCCUCCAAACCCUCACUGAGGGCCUCUGGGUUUCUCUGGGCACACACAGCGAUGCUGUUUUGCUGCCUAUCCCUUGGGGGAGUUAGGCUGCAGACUGACAGAGAGCAGCUGGAAAGUGUUCCUGCGGUCACUGCUCGCCUCCAGAGGUACUACAGGGAAAACAGACUCCACCUGCAAAAUGCAGCUUUAGCACAGAUGUGUAUUUUAGCUCUUUGAAGGCUGUUUUCUGAAUGGCAGUGAGGGAACUGCUGCUUGGGGGUGUGCCUGCUUGCAAUUUCUGCUUGUCCCUGGCUGCUGCAUCAGGGAGGAACUUUGGCAAUGGUUGCCAGCUGUACUGCUCCCCUCUCCUCAUUCCUCUUGCUGCCCCCAGCGUCCACUGCUCUAAACCCUGGAGCCUACCCUGCUCAGCUCCCCCCACAGCAGAUCCCCAUGCUCCCCUCCUCCCGCCCAGUUCCUGGCUAUAGGCAUAGGACAGCCAAGGUACAGCCUAGCUGGACCUUCCCGGAAGGGCAACCCGGCAUCUCUCUCUCCCACGGCCUGCUGCUCAAAAGCUGAAGCCCCACGGGAGCAGCUGGCCCAUGGCCCCCACGCGCCGAGCACCCCCUGCAUCCCAGCCCGCUGAUGGGGGCAAGAAAGCCAAGGGGGGGCAGGAGGAGGAGGAGGAUGCCUGGAGCUCCGCGCUCACUGCCUUGAAGGCAGCCCCCAAGGAGAAGCCCCCCGCGUGUCCCCUGAGUGCAGGGCCUGAUGCACAGGUGAGUUGCCACCCCAACCUGCUGCCUGCCAUAGGUCUAUGAGGACUGAUACUGGGUCUGCUUCAGGGAGAAGUGGGCCAGUCCAAGCUCCUGCCGUUCACCUCUCUGGAAGCUGCCAAGAAGGAUUUUGAGAAAAAGUUUUGGGAAAAGACCAAGAACAGCUGGGCAGCACGGGAAAACUUUGUGGCCCAGCCAGGAAAGUACACCUUGAUAGAGGUGCAGCCCGGCGCCAGGCAGGAGGUGGCCCUCAGGACGGAUGGUGUGGGUGAUGGGAAGGUCUCUAAGUGCUGCAUGCUGCCUUGUGCCUUGGAUGAGACCACGCAGGAGCUGGUGGCCCUCAUCUUCAGCAGUGACAUGUUCCGCCACGCCAUGCAGACCAUGAAUAUUGAUGUGAAGAAGAUGCCAUUGGGGAAGCUGAGCAAGCAGCAGAUUGCUCAGGGCUUCGAGGCACUGGAGGAGCUGGAAGCUGCACUGAGGGAGCAACCCUGCAGGAUGUCCCGGCUGGAGGAGCUCUCCUCACGCUUCUACACCAUUGUGCCCCACAACUUUGGGCGGGCACGGCCACCCCCCAUUGAUUCCCCCGAGCUGCUGCGUGCCAAGAAAGACAUGCUGCUGGUGCUGGCUGACAUCGAGGUGGCACAGAGUCUGCAGGCACAGAAGGUGGAGGAGGAGGAGGAGGUGGUCACCCACCCCUUGGACCGGGACUACACCCUGCUGUGCUGCCAGCUCACCCUGCUGGAGCACACCUCCCAAGAGUAUGAGAUGAUCCUGAACUAUGUGGCACAGACAGGGGGCCAGGUCUACAUCCUCAACGUCUGGAAGGUGGCCCGAGAGGGUGAGGACAAGCUCUUCCAGGCCCAUGACCACCUGGAGCACCGGCGCCUGCUGUGGCAGGGCACCAACGUGGCAGUGGUCGCAGCCAUCCUGAGGAAUGGGCUGCGCAUCAUGCCCCACUCGGGGGGGAUGGUGGGCAAGGGCAUCUACUUUGCCUCUGAGAACAGCAAGUCUGCUGGCUACGUGGGCUGCACAUCCACGCGAGUUGGCUUCAUGUUCCUGACGGAGGUGGCUCUGGGCAAACAGUACUGCAUCACCCGCGACGAGCCUACGCUGCAGCAGCCGCCCGAUGGCUAUGACAGCGUCCUGGCCUGUGGUCGCAUGGAGCCAGACCCUGCACAGGAUGUGGAGGUGAUGCUGGAUGGGAAGAAGGUGCUGGUGUGCCAAGGCAAGCCGAUCCCCGUGCCCGCCUACAAGGACUCGUCCUUCUUCCAAAGCGAGUACCUCAUCUACCAGGAGAGCCAGUGCAGGAUCCGCUAUCUCGUCCAGCUCCACUUCUGAGAGCACCAGGCUCCUUGUGUCCCCUCUUGGCAGCAGAGUGCUGCCAGCAUGGAGCGCAGGAAUCCAGCCCUUGUGGCCACUCACUUAGGUGUGAGGACAUGGGAGCAUCCAGCCUGCUCCCAUGAGCAAUAAA